CCACCGCUUAGCUCUUCCUUCACUGGACCACUUUUCAGACAAUUUUCACUCUGGGUUUUCGAGGGUCGCUGCCAGAACUCCCUAUAAGAGAGGAGGGGCUGCCGUCUCCUUUUCUCCUCUCCCUUCGUCCCUCAGAGUACUUUUCCAUCAGAGCUGAUCAUCUCCCUUACGACCACCUCGAGCAACAGAGAACUUAUCAUAGAAGCACGUCGCCGCCGACAAUCGUCCGUCGUUCUUUGCCCUACCACGGGUUCGCUUUCUUGUUUUAGCCACCUUGCCGCACAUCACAAACCCACCGUCUUCCAGCCGCCAUUAGGGACCUGUCCCUCCUAGAUUCGACACAAUGGGUGGAAAACAGUGGGCGCGACAAGAGGAGCUCGUCUUCUGGAAGGAAGUCGUCCCGAGGUCGCCCAAGAGAGUUGGAGCAGAUAGACAAAGGCGCGAAAUGUCCUGGAAGGACUGCGCUGCCUGGAUGCAACGUCGCAUGGCCAGAGAGUUCAAAGAGCAGCGACGAGCCUACACUGAGCUGUGUCUUUUUGAGCAUUACUUUCAGAAUGCUGAGAAGGAGAAGUUUUCUCCUCACGCCGAACUACUGGUGCGACGAUAUCUUGCGCAGAAGGAAGCAGAUAAAGCCGGUAACGGCCAGGGCAACGGCGAGGGCAACGGUGAGGCCAACGACCAGGGCAACGGCCAGGGCGACAGCGACAAUAACGGCAUUGACGAAGAGCCGCAAACCCCUGAGCCUUUGGGCAACGCCGGACCCCAUAUCCCCAUGACACCAGUUCGCACUCGAAGCUUGGCCACACAGAGGGCCAAAAACACCGACCAUCAAGAGGCUUCUCCCUCGUCGAUGUCCCCAUUCGUUCCCGGUUACAACAACAGCGAUGGUUAUGCGAGCCUUGGCAGCCAGGCAAGCACUCCCAGCUACAUAGGAUACGCCGGCCACCUUCGUCAUCCUAAGCCCAAUAGGAUGCCUCUUGGCCCCAGCGGAAUGUCGACCGCUCCCACAAUGCCCAUGGCGCCCAUGGAUGAUGAGGAGCUUCCUUCUCUCGCGGGUCUUCAUACUGCUUCGCCCUACGGCCACGAUAGCCCUGGUAUCCCAGGACAAUACUCUGAGGUAAACUCGAGUCCGCCUAUGCAGAUGCCUCAGGCCAUGCGCCAUCAUUCGGCAAUCGAGAGGCAAGCUGCGAGUGCUGGCAUGAGUGUUCAGGACCUCCUGAACAGCUCCCCAGCUAAACAACAUCCUUUGCCACAAGCCUAUCAGGGCUCUGUUAACAACGGUUACGGCUUCCAGAGCGGCUACAACUACCACCCGAGCUACGUUCAGGGUCUCGGAUACAGCAAUGGCUACCCCCAGAACUACACGUCUAGCUAUGGCCCGGCUUACGGCCAGGGAUACAACAAUGGCGUCCAGAGCUACAACCAAGGCUACGACUCCAGCCCCCAAGGACACAACAAUGGCGUCCAGAGCUACAACCAAGGCUACGACUCCAGCCCCCAAGGACACAACAAUGGCGUCCAGAGCUACAACCAAGGCUACGACUCAAGCCCCCAAGGACACAACAAUGGUGUCCAGAGCUACAACCAAGGCUAUGACUCAAGCCCCACUGGACUUCCUCAGAACCGCACCGAUGAUGAGUCCUUCGCUACCCGAACUCUUUCGAGCAACGCCACCCGUUCGGCUCACAAGGGCGAGACUUACAACAACGAGUACAAUGGUUCUAGCAAUGACAACAGUUACCAAAACAGCAGUAUUCCGAACGGGGAUGGCGAGCAGUCGCCUGUUUACAGCAGUCGUGGCCCUCAGAAGUCCAUGAAUCGCGCCUAA